AUACUGGAUAACUGAAUGCUCCAUGCUCCAUGCUCCAUGUCUAUAGAUGUAGUGACUGUAGCUCGCUCCGAUUAAAAAGUGGAUAGUUUUGUAUGUAACUGUGUCAAACAAUGCUGACUAGCAACGUGAUACAUAAAAUGUGAAAAGUCAGCAGAAACAUUUAUAACAAUGAGUAAGGAAGCACGAAUUUCUCCGCACGAAAUGGCGCAAUAUCGCGAGCGGUUAAUGAACCAAAAGGAAUUUCUGACUGACAUACUAUCCAAGAUUGAGAAACAAAUACUUGCUUUACAGGUUGAACGAUUACAUUUGAGGAACACUCUACUUGGGUCAGAAUAUUCAGGACGAGAAAUACUGCCUGAUGCAUCAACGAAAAACAAUUGCGUGAAAAUUGAGUCGGCAGAUGAUCCAAAAAAUCUAACAGAACAGCUAGAUUUAUCUGUUCCACCAUCCGUAAAUAAUUUCGAAGAAGAAACUGAAGAUGAUGACCUAUGAUUUAAUAUGCCCUAAAUAAAUGCUAGAAAUUUAGAUUUGUUACUGUGAUCGCGCUAUAUUAAUGCUAUUAAAAUAGAAACUAAAUCUUUAAA